AUGGCAGUGUACGAAGCCCUCGCCCCAGAAUGGUGGGACGAGAGGGAUUGGGUCUUCACCGACGGGUCAGAUGACGAUGCCUCCCUGACCGACGGGAAGGACAACCUCCAGUUCCUUGUGGAUGGGGGCUCUUCUGAUUAUGCCAUCUCUGCAGUGCUCAAGGAUUUGAAUGAUAACUUUGCUAUCAAAUAUUUGGGUGACCUUCAUUAUUUUCUUGGUCUUGAAGUGAAGAAGAUACCUAAUGGCUUGGUUCUCACCCAAGAAAAAUUUGCUCAUGAUCUUCUGGCUAAGGCUCAUAUGCUUGAGUGCAAGGCUGCACCUACACCACUAUCCUCUUCUGAGUCUCUAUCCCUCUAUGAUGGUACUCCUCUUGGCCCUGAUGAUAAUACACGGUACAGAAGUAUGGUUGGUGCUCUUCAGUAUCUUACACUCACUCGUCCAGACCUGUCAUUUUCUGUUAAUAAGAUGCUGAUUGGGUUGGAUGUCUUGAGGACAGGCGUUCCACAGGUGGUUUUGCCAUCUUUGUUCGUCCCAGUCUUGUCUCCUGGUGUGCCAGAAAACAGGCUAUUGUGUCUCGCUCCAGUACUGAAGCUGAAUACAAAGCUCUUGCCAAUGCCACUGCCACUGCUGAAUUAA